AUGACGAUAGCGAAGGUAAACCGCGCCAUCUCGCACCUGACGCGGCGUCUCAAAGGCGGCCUCAAACCCAGACGCAGCAGCGGCAAUAAGGCCAAGGACAGCCUGAAAACGAACACGUCGUCAAGCAUAUCGACGGCGGCGAGGGACGAGACGAUGAAAUGCGAGGUCAAGCACCUGGACUUACUAUGGGACGACCGCGACGAGCAGUACUACAAGGAGCGCAAGGACGAGGUCAAGAAGCCGAAGCAGAAGGACUGGUGGCGGCUCUUCGCCUUCUGCCUCGUCCGGGUGUACUGCGACGACAACGAGGAGCUCGACACGACGCGGCUGUACGUCAACGCGGAGCCGCUGCGCCGCCUCCUGAGGGACGUCAUCGGCGAUUAUCCAGAUGACCCGGUCAACGUCGACGACGUCCAGAUCGAGAGCCCGUAUUACUCGCUGUUCUACUACCGCGCGGAGCUCGAGGCGCAGGGUAGCGCCAGGUUCAAGGAGGACGAGGAGUCGGCCGCGCAGCUAAGGCUGCUGAUGCACUGGAUCCGGACGCACUUCGAGGCCGAGAUCGCGGCGCACGAGAGGUGCGUCAGGGAGCUGAGGGCGAUUUCGUACGAGCACUUGUGGACGCUGUUCCGGCCGGGGGCCAUUAUCCACGCGAAAGUGCUGAACCAGCACCGCGCUUUUCGUGUUCAUAGCUGCUGGUACGAGAACGGCGGCGGCGGCGACACGCCGAUCCUGAAUAUCUGGGCCGACUUUGUGGAUUUCGACGGCGAGAAGCUGGGCACGAGGAAGGCGGAGCUGUUUAUCGCAAAGUACGCGGGGACUCGCCAGUUAAGGGAGCUGGCGACUAUGCCGCUGGACUUGGUGGAGGACGGGGACGCAAUUCGCGAAAGCUUGGUUGAGAGGGGGAGGAAGUUCGAGAGUUUUGUUGGUCAGCACUUUAAGCAGUACGAGGGCCUCGCGCUGAAGAAGACGGAGCAGGGGUAUGCGCGGAUUAAUGUUAAGGGUAGGGUUAUGAUCGAUUGCGAGACGUACCACCGGCUCGAGGCCAAUGAUACUUUUGACGUUACCGAGUUUGGGGGUCGGGGUGGCGGGAGUGGCGGUGGUGUGGGCGGUGCGAGAGGUGCGAGUAAUGGUGUUAUACACGUGCGAGGAGGGAAGCGGAAGACGGUGAAUGCGGUGGGGUUCGUGGCCGAGAAGCGCGCGUUCGAGAAGUUGUCCGACGAGGAUGCGUUGAUCGCUAAUGCGACGGUCAGGGGGUACGCGUUCGCCGUCAAGCAGUUCCUCGAGUUCUUUGUGGAUAAGGUGGCUCCGAUCGAAUGGAACGAGAGGUGUUUCGACGACCUGGUGCUCGAUCAGGAUACGAAGAAAACGGUACAGGCGGUGGUGUCGUCGCACUCGAGUAGUCGGGAAGGGUUCGAUGAUAUUGUGAAAGGAAAGGGGCAGGGACUUGUGUGUGUGCUGCACGGCCCCCCAGGCGUCGGCAAAACGUUAACCGCCGAAUGCGUCGCCGAAUACGUCAAGCGGCCCCUAUACAUGGUAUCUUCGGGCGACUUAGGGGUGUCGAGCGGGCACCUGGACCUGAACCUGUCGCGGAUCAUGGACCUGGCGUCGACGUGGAAGGCGGUGCUGCUGAUCGACGAGGCGGACGUGUUCCUGGAGCGGCGGUCGCUGCACGACGUGCACCGCAACGCCAUGGUCAGCGUGUUCCUGCGCGCGCUCGAGUACUACGGCGGCAUCCUGUUCCUGACGACGAACCGCGUCGGCACCUUCGACGACGGCUUCAAGUCCCGCAUCCACGUGCCCAUCCGCUACACCGACCUCGGCUUCGCGUCCCGCCUGCGCGUCUGGCGCACCCUCUGCGGCCGCGUGCCCGGUGGCGUCGACAUCGACGAGAGGGGGCUCGAGAGCCUCGCCAGGCACGAGAUGAACGGCCGUCAGAUCAAGAAUAUCAUCAAAGCCGCAGAGAGCCUCGCCGCGUUCGACGGCGUGAAGGUGGAUCUGAAGCAGAUGGAACAGGUGGCGCGGAUACAGAACGCGUUCGAGAAAGAUUUGACGAGUGUUGGAGGCGUGGAUUACACGGCGCCGGGACAGUCGAAGGGGGAUGGGUUUAACAUGUUCCUUUAA